AUGGACCUGGGAAUUGUCAAGGCUGGUAUCGGCGGACAUUAUCAGCCGGACACUCUACCCGUUCUCGUGAUCUCCAAGCCGAGGGCGAACGAGAAAACAAAUGACGUAGUCGCAGAUCCUCCAUUCGUCGUUGGAGACAGGGUCAAAGUUGUGGUUGGAUUGAAGCAGCUCAGAGAAAUGUCGGUGAACUGCGAAUUAAAUUGGAUGAAUAGUGAAAUGGAAAGGCUGGUUAAUGAGAUUUUGAUAAUUGAGGAAUUGAAAAUGGAGACCUUGAACCAUGAUAAAACCGUGAAGGUGGUAUCUUCGAAAUGGAAGAAUAAUGGUAUUUGGCUUCCCGUAAAGGCAUUACGCAGAUCAAUUCCGUGGCUACCAGUUGGCGCCGCGGUACAAGUCAUCGAUCAAUCACUUUCAAGUGACAUCGACAUGGCACACAACGUGACAUUCGGCGAUUUUGGGCGCGUUAAACAAGUGAAUCUCGAUGGGGAAACUGUGGAUAUGGAUUUCUUUAAAUCUGAUGGAAAUGUUACAAGAACAAUUCCUGUUAGUCAACUACAGGACAAAUUUGUUGAUGUGUCGGUGAUCGAAAAAGUGGAAUCUAUUAGAAAAGAGUUGGCCAAGUUACUCUUGUCGGAGGUAGAGAAAGGGUCCAUCCUCUCCGUUCAAUUCCUGCUGAAGACUUAUCCAGAUAUAAUCAAUUGUCAAAGUCGUUACAAUGGAAGAAAUUCUACUGCGCUCAGCGUCGCCUGCCAGAAGGGAAAUGUGGAGAUGGUCAAAUUGUUGUUGACGCACAAGGCGUCGGUGGACAUCGCAGAUGAAGAAGAUAAGGAAGAAGAUUGUGACGAAUCAGACGAAGACGAAGAUGAAACCAACAAAAAAGGCAAAAAACCCAUUCACCACGCUGCUGUGAGAAAUUAUCCGGAAGUAUUGCGACUGUUGCUGCAAAACGGGUCUUCAUCUAUCGAAAUCAAUGGAUAUAAAAGAACUCCGCUUCACUUGGCAGCCAUGAAAGGACACGUUGAAUGUGUUCGAGUGCUACUGGAAGACGAGCAAUGUGAUCUAGCUAUUCAAGAUUCUAAAAGAAAAACAGCCUUCCGACUAGCCGUUAAGUCGUCUGUUCAAUCUUUGGAAUUGUUCAACUUGUUUCUCGCCACGGGCAAGUGGAAUAAUACUUUUGCGGAGAGAUGGUUCCUACACUUUGCCACAGAAAAUAAUAAUUUUGGAGCAAUGAAGGUUCUAUUGAGUUGUCCGGAAGGAAAGAAAUUGAUACGUGGGUGUGACGGACUUGAUAGGACGCCGCUAUUCAUAGCAUGUAAAAAUGGUCAUAAUCAGAUCGCCAAACUGUUGGUGUCUAACGUGGAUAAAGACGAAAACGGGAAACCGUGGGGAAUUGAUACACCAAACAAGGAAAAAGAAACGCCGUUGAUGAGAGUCGUGAAGAAAUUUAACUACGAAUUGAUUGAAAUCCUGAUCGGAUCCGGUGCAAACCUCCAAGCCACUAACGAUGACGGUCAUACUCCAUUUCAUUACGCUGCAAGUUUGUACAAAGAAAAGAAAAGGCAUCCCAAUUGGCCAAAUCAGGAAACUGCCCCUGCAAUCUUCAAGGUAAACAUUGAUCAGCAACAUUUACAAUGA